AUGAGCACCUUCUCCAAUUUGACAGUGGCUGAUGCUGAUGCUGGAGUCAUCAUGGACUUUGUCAAUGGCGCCCAAGAUCUUAGCAUUUUCUAUGCGUUCGUUGCUGUUGCCCUCACUGCUGUUAUCUUAAGUGGAUUUCAGGCUGGACGGAAGGUCAUACUGCGCAUGGUCUGGUCUCUUGACCGCAUGCUCGGUGGUGCUCCCCAUACAGUUACGCUACCUGGUCCUCCAGGUCUUCCUAUCACCGGAAACCUACUUGAAUUGAAAGAUGGUCACACAGUCAAAAUUGCCGAGUGGACAAAGAAGUACGGUGAUGUUAUCCGUGUCUCUCUUGGCGAACGUGAAGCGGUCUUCAUCAAUAGCCACAAGGCACUCGCGAAAACGGUCGUCCAGCAGGGUCCCGCGUAUCAGUCUCGCCCCACCUUCAAGCUCUUUCACAGUGAUUUCGCAUCAUCUGGUAUCUGGACUGUAGGUACUUCACCCUAUAGUGACCGCCUCGCACGCACUCGCAAGGCCCUGUCUUCCCAAAUUGCUCCUCGUCUCCUGCCAAUCUACACUCCAAUCAUUCACCCUAAGCUUAAGAAACUUUUCGGUAACAUUCUCGAAAUCAGCCAAGGUCCCGCUAUUGAUAUGGCCGAGAAGCUCCACCGUUUCGGCACCGGUCAGGUUUCCGAGCAGCUGAUGGGCCAACACCUCGACGAUGACAUGGUUGGAAUGCUCGCGGAGAAUGAGACUAACAUCUUCCGCCAGCGUACGAUCGGCUCACCCCCUCGCGACUAUGUCCCCAUCUUGCGUGGCGUCGGCUGGCUUCGCUACGUAGCUGGAAAGACUCUUGGUAUCAAGGAUUGGACCUUCGACGAAAAGGAGGAAAAGGCUCGUGAAUACCGUAAAAAGCAACAAGUCUAUAUCAACAAGAUGCUUGUUGCUCUGAAGGAUCGAGUGGCAUCGGGCGACGAGACCCCCUCUAUUCUGGGCAACAUCAUUCGUCAAGGUCUCCUGAAAGAUGAAGAAAUUCUCUUGGCUUCUUAUACUGGCAUCGCUGCUGGCGUCAAUCUUGGCUACUCGCUCACUUGGAUCAUUGGCUACCUGGCCAACAGGCCCGACUUACAACACAACGGUUACGUCGCUAUCCGUGAAGUGUACAACGGCGAGCCACCUAAGCCUCAUGAAUACGACCGUGUUGGAUACAUCAAGGCUCUGCACACGGAAGGCUCGCGUAUCUACACACCAGUUCGUCUUGGAUUUCCUCGCCAGACACUUGACGGCGCCUCCUACAAUGGCCAUAAAAUACCCCGAGACAUGCUUGUUAUCAUGAAUCUGAUGGCCGGUAACCGCGACCCCGUUGCAUUCGAUCAUCCCGACGAGUUCUUGCCUGAGAGGUGGUUAGACGGCCACAAAGGUCGGACCGAUCUGCUCGUCGAAGGCGGCGAGAAGCUUGGUGUCACACAUUUGACCUACGGUGCCGGCCGUCGUGUCUGCCCUGGUAUCGACAUGGCCAACCGUGGUCUCUACUCCACACUUGUACUUCUAUUGCACUUUUUCACCUGGGAGCGACAACCUCUCGGAGAGGAGCAGAAGAAGCUUGUCUUUCUGCCGUUCCGUGCCGAGCGUGAGUGCACCCUUGAAAUGGAUGCCAUUGCCGAUACCGCGACGCCCACUGAGGCUCAGGCUAUUCCGUGGUCGGCUGGAAUCAAGUUCCAUUGCCGCGAUACUGAGGGUCUUCACGCUUGGCUAGCGUCUGAAGAGCACUGA